AUGCUCCGCGGGUUGCCUCGCACCAAUGGCGGGCCGGGGAUGCCACCGCUCUACUCCGCGGGAGGCUACACGGAGGCAUCAGAUGGCUGGUUCGCGCACAGCGGGGGCGAGUGGCUCCACAACAAGAAGGAGAUGGCAUACUUCCACCUGCCGACUGGCCAGAUCCGCGUCGUCCUCGACGAUGCAGAGCUGCCCGAGGCCGAGCCCACGGGCGGGGAGGCAGACAAGGAUCCCAAGGAUGACAAAGGCCCACUCUUUCAGGGGAAGGUGCGAUGGUUCAACACGAUGAAGGGCUUCGGCUUCAUCGAGCCCUUGGGUGAGGCAGCUGCCAUCCUCGAGGGGAAGGAGGAUGUCUCCGACGGAUCGCCAGCUGCAAGCUCCCCUGAAAAUCCACCAUCUUCCCAGCUUGGCCUGCGGGCUGCGAGCACCCUCGAAGAAGGCGUUCGCUCUGCACACCUGCUGCUCGUGGACCAGGAGAUCUUGCGCACUGUGUCACUGCGUUCCUCGCUGUGUCGGGCGGGUUGGCUUUGGCGGCUGAAGCCGCAGAAGAUGACCCAAGAGCAACUGGAAGGGUUGUGGCCAUUGGCAAAGCCAGGAGCAGGCUACGAUAUGUUUUUAUCCCACACAUGGCACACACCGGGGCGACUGAAGUUCUGGUCUUUGCUUUUAGCCUUCAACUGGCACUUUGCCUUGUUUGGCUGCUACUUCGGUACUUCCUUGGCACUUUUGCUCUACGCCUUCGACGUUGUUCCCAUGCCCAUGAUCUACGCGGCGCAGUGGUCGGACUUCGGGCAAGUAUGUCCUCUUGGCCCCUGGGCCCUGCUAUUGACACCAUUUUGUGGAGCUGUUGCUUUGCUGCUGUCGCCAUACUGUCCGAGACGGCAGUCUGACAACAUCUUCUUUGACCUGGCUUGCAUUCACCAGACGAACACAGAGUUGAAGCACAGGGGAAUCUAUGGCAUUGGCGGUUGGCUGUCAGUGACCAAAACGUUGCGAAUUCUCUGGAGCCCACCAUACCUUUCAAGACUUUGGUGCGUUUUUGAACUGGCUGCCUAUCGGACAGCAAACCCAACAGGCAAGAUCGCAUUUCAACCCAUUUUUGUGGAGAACCUGGUGCUGAAGUGUUUCUUUGGCAUCGUAGUCAUUCAAGGCACGUACCUCGCAACCCUGCAGUUUCCAGAAGUACGUGGGUUGGCCCUCGUUCAAGUGAUUCUGUGCACAGGCUUGAUCCUUCCCUUAGUUCAUGUGGUUCGCUGGUACAUGCGAGAGAAGCAUGCGGCAAUUUGGCAGCUGAAGCACUUUGAUUUGGCAAAGGUUGAGUGCCAGAAUGACUUUGAUCGGCGAUUUGUGCAUGGUGCCAUUCGUGACUGGUAUGGCAGCGCAGAAAACUUCGCGCACUUUGUGCGGGGAAGACUUUGUGACGAGCUGGUUGAAAGGUUCCGCAUUCUGCAGGUACCCUAUGUAUAUCACCUGCUCGCUACUUGUCCAUACAUGGGCGGAUGGGUGGACAUCACAUGGGCCUUGUGGAAGGGUGGCGCUCCUUCCUCCUGCGUGAUCUCCUUCGCCAUUGGCAUGUCGAUAACCUGCACCCUUUAUUCUGCGAUUUGCAUCGAGCUGCUCUACGUGUUCUGCGACCUUUUCGCCAGAAAGAGGCGGUCCUGCAUGGCAGAUGGCAUGGUAAGUCUAGGCAUCUUCCUUUCCAUUGCAGUGCUUGUAUUGCUGCAAACCACUAGCAGCAGGGUGGCCUACGGUGCUGCACCCUUUUCGACACCGCCCAAAGCUAGUGCUGGAGCCACUGCAGUGGACGCAUCAGCUGACGCGCUGCUUUGCGGAGGAAGCAUCUGGAGCUCGCUGGCUUUGCUAGCGCUGGUCGUUGGCGUGACUCUGGUCUUGUUCAAGCCCUCCGUUCGACAAAGGCUUUGCCUCCGAAGAGCGGAGGAGCCAAGAGAGCCCAUGCCAGCGCACUGA